AUGGUUGGCCUAGGGCCGAGUGAUCAAGGACGUGAUUCCUUUGAUGUGUGUAUGGUGGCACGUGAAACUACACCGAGUGAGGUCGGCCGUGAGAGCACCGCACUGAAUGUCGGUAAUGACAUUUUUGGCGAUACGCCAUUUAGUGUGGGCGGCCGUGAAGGCACCACGCUUAACGUCGGUAUUGGCGUUGUUGGCGAUUCGCCAUAUAGUGUGGGCGGCCGUGUUGGCACCACACCUAAUGUCAGUAAUGAUACUGUGGGCGAUACGCCGUAUAGUGUGGGCGGCCGUGAUGGCACCAAGCUUAACGCCGGUAAUGGCGUUGUUGGCGAUACGCCGUAUAGUGUGGACGGCCGUGAGGGCACCACGCUUAACGCCGGUAAUGGCGUUGUUGGCGAUACGCCGUAUAGUGUGGGCGGCCGUGUUGGCACCACACCUAAUGUCAGUAAUGAUACUGUGGGCGAUACGCCGUAUAGUGUGGACGGCCGUGAGGGCACCACACCUAAUGUCGGUCAAGACAAAAGCUCUCGUAUAGAGCGUCUCGAAGAGACAAUCGAGACGCCGAGUAGCAGCUGUAAAGCGCCAGGCGUCCUCACAGUCACAUAG